AUGAAGUUAGUGAACUACCAAAACAAGAAACAAUUUAAAAUUAGUGAAACUAAAAAGAAACCAAUUGUUGAAGAACUAUUGAAACCUGCUUCUUAUAAUUCAUCAACCAGCAAACCCUCAAGAACAUCCAGGGUUAACGCACUAAACAACAUUUUUACAAGAUUAGCUUCACCAACUUCCAAAAAUAAAACUGCCAUAACAAAUAUUAAUACCACAAAAAGUAACCGUACUCGAAAUGUUAGCCAAAUAUCCACACCAAUCAAAACCACUCCGUACCAAUCAGGUAGUCCGAAAUCACCUGCUGAUGAUAAUAAUCUAAGAAAAAAAAACUUCUUAAACUAG